AUGGCACCGAAGGUGAAGAAGGAAGCUGUCCCUGCCAAGACCGAGGCAAAGUCCAAGGCUCUUAAGGCCAAAAAGGCUGUGCUCAAAGGUGUGCACAGCCAGAGGAAGAAGAAAGUCAGAACUUCUCCCACCUUCCGUCGUCCUAAAACCCUUCGUCUCCGCAGACAGCCCAAGUAUCCACGCAAGAGUGCUCCCCGCAGGAACAAGCUGGAUCACUAUGCCAUCAUCAAGUUCCCCUUGACGACAGAGUCUGCGAUGAAGAAAAUUGAGGACAACAACACACUUGUGUUCAUUGUGGAUGUCAAGGCUAACAAACACCAGAUCAAACACGCUGUCAAGAAGCUGUAUGAUAUUGACGUCGCCAAAGUUAACACACUCAUCAGGCCAGACGGUGAGAAGAAGGCAUACGUCCGUCUUGCACCAGAUUACGAUGCGUUGGACGUUGCUAACAAGAUUGGCAUCAUCUAA